CGGAAGAAAGACAACAAAACGGAGCAGGGAGAAAUUGACUGGAAUAACUGCGAAAGUUUAAGAUCUUUUGACAAGUAGAAACUUGUCGAGUGCCGAUACAGUAGUUGUUCCUUACUGCAUUUACUAAUGUUAACUUAUUUUACAAGUUGUGUAAGGCAAAAAACAAACGAGAGAGAUUGAGAUAAGCCUGCCGGACAAACCAUGACACGCGUUAGUAAACUGCCUGGACAUGACUUCAUUAUUGGGGAAAGAAAGUAGUAAUACGAGUUAACAAGCUCCAGUUUUGUAUCCUGCGUGCCUGCACACUUUUCAGUCGUGAUGGGUGAGGUGUGUGUGCGGGUUGCGGUUCGGGUCCGGCCGCUGCUGCCCAAAGAAGUUCUUCUCAACCACCAGGUGUGUGUGCGCGUUGUUCCUGACUCAGCCCAGGUGAUGUUGGGCGCUGACCGCACGUUCCCGUUUGACCACGCUCUCGGUCCAACAUCCCGGCAGGCCGACGUGUACGAGUCCUGCGUUAAGCCGCUGCUAGGACAACUGAUUGAGGGCUUCAAUGCUACGGUGUUCGCCUACGGCCAAACAGGCUCCGGGAAGACAUAUACACUUGGCGGUGGGCAUGUCGCCGCCGUACAGGAGGAGGAGGCGGGGAUCGUGACUCGUGUUGCCCACGAUCUGUUCGCUUUUCUGGGUGAGAAGAGCGAGGUGGACGCCUCUGUCCGGGUGUCGUACGUGGAGCUGUACCGAGAGGAGCUGCGGGACUUGCUGGAGUUGCACACGGAACAUAAGGAGCUGCACGUCAGAGAAGACGACCGAGGAAACACAGUUGUGGUGGGCGCCAGAGAGACGGUGGUGACCUCGGCCGAUGAGCUGCUGGGCGUGCUGGAGGCGGGGAACGCCCUGCGCCACACCGGCUCCACCCAGAUGAACGAGCGCUCCAGCCGCUCGCACGCCAUCCUCACCCUGCAGCUCACCCAGCGUCGCCGCGACGACACGCUCUCCUCUAAGCUCCGCCUGGUGGACCUGGCGGGGUCGGAGAGGGCCGGGCGCACCGGCAGCACGGGCCGGCGCCUCAAGGAAUCAGUCCACAUCAACACCGGCCUGCUGGCCCUCGGCAACGUCAUCCGCGCCCUGGCGUCCGCCGGCGCCGGUCGCCGCGGCAACCACGUCCCCUACCGGGACGCCAAGAUCACGCGGCUCCUCCGGGACUCUCUGGGAGGCUCCGCCCACACGCUGAUGGUGGCGUGCGUGAGCCCCUCCCACCACAGCGUGGCGGAGACGCUGAGCGUGCUGCAGUUCGCCUCGCGGGCCCAGCACGUCCGGAACCGGCCGGGUGCCAGGGGGGCGUGUCCGGGGUGGGACCCGGGCGAGGCCCGCGUGGGGGAGCUGGAGCAGGAGGUCCAGACGCUCAGAGAAGCCCUGAGGGACAGGGCCAGAACCAGACAUACCAGCCAGGAAGAGCCAGACAGGAAGUCCAGGAGGACGGAGGGGGAGGAGUCACAGUUCCGCUGCUUGGCCCAGGAAGCUGCGUUCCUGUUGGAGGAGCUUCAAAGGUCCGCCCACAGCGAUGACGCGCUUAAGCGUCUGCAGGAUUGGCUGGAGAGACACAGGGAGCUCAGCCAAUCGGAGCAGCCCGCUGGGGAGGCCUGGGGAGAUGAUAGGGGGGAGGGCAGGGGUGAGGAUAGCGGGGAGGGCAGGGGUGAAGGCCAGCACAUCACCAUCCUGCAGCUCAGACGUGAGCUCAGGAAGUGUCAGGAGGCGCUGGCCGUAGACGAGGCGGUGUUUGAGCAGAAGGAGGGGGAGCUGAGGGAGGUGCGGAGGGAGGUGCAGAGCCUCCUCCAGGAGAGACAGAAUCAGCUGCGGGCCCUGGAGGAGGAGAGGGAGCACAGACGUAUCCAGAGUGACCGGCUGGUGGAGCAACAGCUUCUGAUCGAUCGUCUCCGUGGCGACCUCCUGACCUCCAGAACCACGACGUUGGGGGUGUCGCUGGUAGCAGGGGAUUCUGGGAGCUUAGCACCCAAGAGGCCUCACAGUGUGCCCCUCCUAAGCCAGGGUCACAGCAACACCCGGAAGAUCCACACCAGUCCUCCAGCCUACUCCCUGGAGAGGGUGCUGGCAGCCUUUAAGACCCGCAGCGCUCUGCUCCUCGCCCAGAUAGAGGAGCAGGAUGAGGUCCUCACACAGCACCUCCUGGAGGAGCAGAGGGGGCGUUCGAUGAACCGCACCUGGACGAGCAAACAGAGAACGACCCAGAACCCGGGUUCACACCAGAACCUCGAGAUACGACCCAACCUACCUCCGCUGACAGGUGUCCCUGCAGGUGCUGAGGACCACGAUGGACAGAGUCACAGGGAGGCGGGGCUACGAGAUAGCCACACCCAGAGGCGGAUCCAGGAGCUGUCUGUCAACAUUCGCUUGAAGGAGGAGCUCAUUAGAGAACUGGAUAAAACUGGUGAGUCUCUCAGGACAGUGGACCCAGGGAAGACAGAGACUGCCAAUGACAAACAUCAGAAGGACACAGCUCAACUUAGAGACAAGAGGCAGCAGGCGUGCAGGGCGGGGCGUGAGGGCGGGGCUGGACGGCAGCGUGGGGGGGGCGCGCUGGGGCGUCUGUCCGUGCAGAGCCAGCGCAGCCGUGCGGAGCUGCAGCGCAGCGUGGAGCAGAUGACACUGCAGAGAGAACAGCUGCAGCUCCGUCUGGGAGCCGGAGGGGAGGGAAGACACGCCCCUCAGACAGGACACGCCCCUCAGACAGGACACGCCCCUCAGACAGUCGAGGGAAACGGUAUCUCCGAUGGCGUCGUGGAAAAGGAUCUGCAGGAGAGGAGGGCGUGGCUGGAGCAGGAGGAGGAGCUAGCGUUGCAGAGGAGGCGGGACUUACGGGAGCUGGAGGAGGAGCUAUGGAGGAGAGAGGAAGUGUUGCUCCACAGAGAGGCGUGUCUGCAGGAGAAGAGCCAGCUGGAGAUGAAAAGACUGCGUUCCAGUCAGGCUCUGAGCCAGGACCUGCUGAGGGUGUCUGCUCGGCUGGUGGUGGUGGAGGAGGAGCUGGAGGGCGGAGGCCGGGGUGGAGCCUCACUGGAGGAGCUCCGCAGGGAGAGGGCCGUGCUGAGGGAGAGGAGGGAGGCGUUCGACAGCCAGCUCAGGGAGGCCAGGCUGCUCUCCCCUCAGGAGGAGCAUGCCCUGCUGCAGCUUGAGGAGGCGUUGGAGGCGCUGGACGCCGCGGUGGAGUUUAAGGACCGUUCCAUCCAGGAGAGACACACACAGCUGGGAGGCCCCGCCCCCGCUGACCCCGCCCACCAUGAUGUCAUCAGGAAGCUGAGGGAUCUGUCGCAACCAGAGGCUUCAGCAUUGCUGGUUAAAUACUUCAACAAGGUGGUGUGUCUGCGGGAGAGCGAGCGACGCCUGCAGCUGAGCUGUGAGGAGCUGCGUCUGGUUGGGGAGGAGCAGCAGGCCGCACUGGCGGGCAUGGAGGCCGCACUGCAGCGCCUCACCCUGGACGCCGACCGCAGGCUCACCCUGCAGCACCGAGAGCACCAGCACAGCAUCCAGAUACUGCUGCAGCAGAUCCAGGAGGGUGGCUGCGGGGGUCCAGGUGAGGCUGAGCAGGCAGCACAGGCCAGGCUGCAGCAGGUGGAGAGAGACCUGUUCUUCUACAAGAGCACCAGCCGAGAGCUCAAGAAGAAACUCAGAGAUCUGGUCAAUGACUCCCUCCACCCCCACCCCCACCUCCACCCCUCCUCCCGACCCCCCACACAGGGCAGGGGGGAGGGUCAGGGAGGAGGAGAAGGGGGUGAGUGUGUGGCGGGGGAGGUGGAGCUGACACCAGUCCGCCUGUCUCGUAGAGAACUGAGGCAGAUCUCCCCGGGCAACCUGAUGACCUCCAACCCCAGGGGGCUCAUUACUAGCCAUGGCUCCUUCCAGGAGGACUCCAUCGAAGUGCCCAGAAACACAGACUGAUCAAUCAAUCAGUGGCUGGAAAGGAAGUCAAAAACAGACAUGAUGAUUAACUGACCAUGAGUAAGCAAUAACAGGAAGCUUCUGGUACGACGGGAACAGGAUGACUGCAUGCUGUGUGUCCUUGUUACAUUCACUGUACAAACAAAAAUGUUUGUCAAUGUGCUUCCUGAUCUGUGGAAAGGUUUGAGGUGAAAUUCUUUCCAAUGAUUUAUCCUCCUAGUUUGAGGAUUUUACUUAUUUUCUUUCUGAAAGAUGGAAGAAAGAGAGAGUUGGUCUUAUGGUGCACAGUGAACACUGUGGCACUUCAUGUAAUGGAUCAGGAUUCAUAUAAAAGCACUUUGAUCUGUGAACUAGGUUCACCUCUCAAAAUUGUGAAUUGUGUGUUUGCUAAUGCUGUUUGUUUGUUGAUGUUUGUUUUGUUGGUUUCAUAUUGUAUAAUUAAUAAAUUAUCUUCUCGUUUGUCAUAACAUGGUAAUAAACCUGAACAGCAGUCAUACU